UUUAUUUGACGUUAUGUGGCAACGUUUUCAACCAGCUGCUAAAAAAAAUUGCCAUCGUGAGCAAAUAUUGUAAAGCGGUUUUAUAACAAAUUUAUUUAUAAGAGCUCAUCGACCUCUGCAAUAACUAAGCAGAAAAAGCAACGCCAACGAAAUCGUCCCAGAAAUAAACGAAAUCGUUUGGAAGAUAGCGAAGCUAAGCCAAAACAAAACGACAGCGCCAUGCAAAAAUCGAACAGUAACCCACAGCAGAACACAUCGACGGACAAAACGCGCGAGCAAAUAAUGGCCGAGCGGGAGGCGAAAAAGCAAGCGAAACUGGCAAAGAAACAGAAACUUAACGCUCCAGCAACCACAAUUAUUACCGAAGUGGAGCAAACGACCAUCACGAAAAAGCUAACGACUACGACAACAACAACAACGAAAGAACAAAACCUACUGCCGCUACACUCUACAAAUGUCGCUGACACAAAAACUGCAUCUGAAGCAUCCGCAAUAAGUUCUACAGAUGUUAAGCCAACUGCACCAGCUGGUGAAAAAACUCGUGAGCAAAUCAAAGCAGAGCGCGAGGCGAAAAAAGCUGCCAAACAUGCUGCAAAGUCUAUCAAGUCCAACAAUGUGGAUGCAGCAGCUGACCAAUUAAGCGACCUGCAAGUUGCUACCAAGACCGAAACUGCCUCAGCAGCAAGUGCAUUAACAGCGGAUCAUGAAAAGAAAAAGCCAGCACUUAGCAAGGCGGAACGUCGAGCCAUACAGGAAGCGCAGCGCGCUGCCAAGGCGCAGGGUCAAACUAAAAAGCCGCCAGGUGGUGUUCAGACAGCAGGAGCAAACAGUGUUAAAAAGGCACCAAGUGUGGAUGCCACGCCUGUCAAGGAACAGAGAGAUGACAAACAUGACAAGCAUGAAUCACCCGCCAAGUCGCCAUCAAAGUCUGGAACACUCAAAGCGGAUCGUGAGUGCAAAGUGAAGCUGUUUAAUCAUUUGGUGAGCGCGGACAAAGAUGCCAGCUUAUUCAUCAACGAUCCCAAUGUACAUCCGAGCAUGGCGCGACUGGGUGUACAAUAUGCCCAGCGGACAAUUGUCGGGUCUAAUGCGCGCUGCAUUGCUUUUCUGCAUGCAUUGCGGCAGGUGGUGCAGGAUUUCGAGACGCCCGCCAAGAAGGAGUUCGGUCGCAGUCUUGAUGUAGCAGUCAAGCAUCAUGUCGAUCAUCUGAACAAGUGUCGACCGCUGGCCGUAUCCGUAUACAAUGCCUACAAGCAGUUUAAGAAUCAGUUAACGCAGCUGCCAACGGACACACCUGAGACGGAGUUAAAAGAGCUACUCGGACAUUUUAUUGACACCUAUAUAGAGAAUCAGAUUGGCAAGGCGGCGCAAGCCAUCAGCAGUUCCAUGCAAGAGAAAAUUACAGACGGCGACGUAUUGCUCACCUUUGCCUGCUCAUCGCUUAUUCAAUUCAUUUGCGAGGAGGCUAAGCGUCGCAAGGUGACAUUUCGAGUAAUUGUCGUCGAUUCACGGCCUUUCUGUGAGGGCCAGGAGAUGCUGCGUCGACUGCACGCCUGCGGUAUACCAUGCACCUAUGUGCUAAUCAACGCCAUCAGCUACGUAAUGCCGGAGGCCACCAAAGUGAUGCUGGGAGCGCACGCGUUGUUAGCCAAUGGAUAUGUAAUGGCUAGAACGGGCACAGCCCAAGUGGCUCUCGUUGCCAAUUCCCAUAACGUGCCGGUACUUGUAUGCUGCGAGACACACAAGUUCAGUGAACGUUUCCAGACUGAUGCUAUUGUCUAUAACGAGUUGUGCGAUCCCAAUCUGCUGGUGAUGGAUGGAAAGUGCUGCCUCAAUAACUGGCAAUCGAAGAGCCGGCUAACGCCACUCAAUCUGAGCUACGAUAUAACACCACCCGAACUGGUCAGCGCCGUUGUCACCGAGGUGGCCAUUCUGCCUUGCACCAGCGUGCCCGUCAUUCUGCGCAUCAAGCCAGACAUUGGCUAUUAAGAUCUUUCAUAGUCGUCGUACAAUUAUUUGAAAACCAGAACGCCACUCCACAGUCAAGGGCAAUUGUUGAAUAAAUAAUCAUUUUAUUAUAU